UCUCACGUGACUUUCUCAUUUUGAAUUCGACCGAGCGCCAUUUUCUUUAAUUCAAUUUUGAUCUCCACUUGAAAAGCAAAAAGCCCUCUCUCUUCGUGUAGCCGUUCUCUCAUCCCCAAGAAGAUCUGCUUCACUGCCUCCAUCUCUUUCAGAAAUUCGCGAAUCACUCUUAUCCUUUCCUCAUACCCUUCAGAUCGAUUCUUCUUCAGCUCACCGUUCCCAAAAACCUUCAUUUGUUUCUGUUUUCUGUGCGUGCGAUUGUUCUUCCCGAUCUGCGAUUCAUUUGUUAAACGAUUUGUUUUAUGCUGCUGAUGAUUGAUUGUUUGCGAUUCCUGCUGCGUGAACCCUAAUUUAGCGAUCAAUAUUGCUUUUCUGGAUUGCGCUAGGGUUUGGCGGAUCUGGUUUGAGAGGAGAUGGAGGCUUCAGAUGCGAAGACAAUUCCCCACGAGAAGGAUUCUUCUCAAUGUGUGAGAGUUGCUGUCAACAUCAGGCCUCUUAUUACUCCGGAGCUUCUCAUUGGAUGUACAGACUGCAUCACCGUUGUUCCGGGAGAGCCACAGGUACAAAUUGGAUCGCAUGCAUUCACGUUUGACUAUGUUUAUGGCAGCGGUGGCCUGCCAUAUUCUGCAAUAUUUAUCGAUUGCGUUGCUCCACUUGUUGAUGCACUCUUCCAUGGCUACAAUGCCACUGUUCUUGCAUAUGGCCAGACGGGUUCUGGAAAAACAUACACAAUGGGAACCAACUAUACUGGAAAUGAUAGUGAGGGUGGAAUUAUACCUAAGGUGCUGGAAACAAUAUUUUCAAGGGUGGAAGCAAUGAAAGAUUCUUCGGAGUUUCUUAUUAGAGUGUCUUUUAUUGAGAUAUUUAAGGAAGAAGUAUUUGACCUGCUUGAUCCAAAUUCAUCAACUCUAUGCAAAAAUGAGGGGGUAUCUCAAGCAAAGUUAGCUGCACCUGCAAGAGUUCCUAUACAAAUCAGAGAAACAGUGAACGGGGGGAUAACACUUGCUGGAGUGACAGAAGCAGAAGUCAGGACAAAAGAAGAGAUGGCAUCAUAUUUGUCACGUGGUUCUCUAUCUCGUGCCACUGGAAGCACUAAUAUGAAUAGUCAGUCAAGUCGUUCUCAUGCCAUAUUUACAAUAUCAAUGGAGCAAAAAAGAACUGUCCAAUGUCAAGCUGGAGUUACAAAUGAUGACACUGGUGAUGAUAUAUUAAGUGCAAAACUUCAUUUGGUGGACCUUGCUGGUUCUGAAAGAGCAAAGCGAACAGGAGCAGAUGGGAUGCGUCUUAAAGAAGGAAUUCAUAUAAAUAAGGGAUUGCUGGCCCUUGGCAAUGUAAUUAGUGCCUUGGGUGAUGAGAAGAAGCGGAAAGAAGGAGGUCAUGUUCCAUAUCGUGACAGCAAGUUAACAAGAUUGUUACAGGACUCUCUUGGAGGAAACAGCAAAACUGUUAUGAUUGCUUGUGUGAGUCCUGCUGACUCAAAUGCUGAGGAGACCCUUAACACUCUGAAGUAUGCAAAUCGUGCUCGCAACAUUCAGAACAAAGCAGUUAUCAAUCGUGAUCCAAUGGCUGCUCAAAUGCAAAGAAUGCGGAGCCAAAUUGAGCAGUUGCAAGCUGAGCUUCUUUAUUUCCGUGGUGAUGCAAAUGCACCAUUAGAAGAACUUCAGAUUCUCAAGCGAAAAAUUUCUCUACUAGAGGCAAGCAAUGCAGAGCUGCAACGGGAGCUUAAAGAACGUCAUAUCAGUUGUGAGCAUUUAGAGCAACGUGCUAUUGAUGCUCAGGUUGAAAAAGACAAACUGAUUAUGAAACUGGAAUCGGCUCGAAAUGGUAAAUCUUGGGAUGAAAUAGACUCUAACUCAAAUCAGGAUUUUGAUUUUAUGAGAAGUUAUGUGGCAAAAAUUCAAGAACUGGAAGGGGAAUUGUUACGGCUUCAAAAUGUGAACAUUUCAAAACCCAGUGGUUUUGAUGAUUUCCUUGAUUUGGAUGAUGAUGGGCCCCACUUAAAAAAUGUACAUAUGACAAGCCCUCAAGACUUUCCGUAUGUUUAUGAUACAAAACCAGGGGACCUUUCAGGUGAUAUGGAAGAGGAUGAGAAAGAGCAAGAACAUUCGUCUAUUCAAGAAAAAUUGGAUAGAGAAUUGAAAGAACUGGACAAAAAACUUGAACAGAAGGAGGCUGAGAUGAAGCAAUUUACAAAUGUCAACACUUCAAUUCUCAAACAACAUUAUGAGAAGAAAGUUCUGGAGUUAGAACACGAAAAGAGAGCUUUGCAGAAAGAGAUUGAGGAAUUGAGAUACAACCUGGCAAAUAUUUCAUCAACCUCUGAUGAUGGUGCUCAAAGGCUUAAGGAAGAGUAUCUUCAAAAGUUGAAUUUUCUUGAAGCACAGGUUUCAGAACUGAAGAAGAAACAGGAGGCACAAUCUCAAAUUUUGAGACAGAAGCAAAAGAGCGACGAUGCAGCAAAGCGGUUACAAGAUGAGAUUCAGAGAAUAAAGUCCCAUAAGGUUCAACUGCAACAUAAAAUCAAGCAAGAGUCUGAGCAAUUCAGGUUAUGGAAGGCAUCACGGGAAAAAGAGGUUUUACAGCUUAAGAAAGAGGGUAGAAGGAAUGAGUAUGAAAUGCAUAAGCUAUUAGCUUUAAACCAGAGACAAAAGAUGGUUUUGCAACGAAAAACAGAAGAAGCUGCUAUGGCCACAAAAAGACUGAAAGAACUAUUGGAAUCUCGAAAGGCUUCAUCACGUGAAACAUAUGGUGCUGGAAAUGGUCCUGGAAUUCAGGCACUGAUGCAGGCUAUUGAGCAUGAGCUUGAAGUCAUACUACGGGUACAUGAAGUUCGUUCUGAAUACGAGCAUCAAAUGGAGCAGAGGUCUAGAAUGGCCAAGGAGGUUGCAAAGCUAAAGGAAGAAGCAGAGAUGAAGCAGAAAAAUUUAAGUUGUCCUGAGACAAUGUCUCCUGGUGCUAGAAAUUCUAGAAUUUUUGCUCUUGAAAACAUGCUUGCUACUUCAUCCAGCACCUUGGUUUCUAUGGCAUCACAGUUGUCAGAAGCAGAAGAGCGUGAAAGGGUUUUUAGCGGGAGGGGACGCUGGAACCAAGUUCGUUCUCUUGCUGAAGCAAAAAACGUGAUGAACUAUUUGUUUAACCUGGCAUCGUCCUCUAGGUGCCAAUUACGAGAUAAAGAAGUUGACUGCAGAGAGAAAGAUUCACAAUUACGAGAGCUGAAGGAAAAAGUAGUCAAACUCAGUUGUUUGGUUAGACAACUUGAAAUGCAAAAGCAAGAACUUCUUCAUCGGGAAAAGUCACUGAAUUUCACUUCCAAGGAAGGACAUGUAUAUGAUUUGCGCAAGGGGCCACGGAACUCCAUUAUAAUUGGUGGGAGAAAUUUUGAAUCUGUGGAGGACAUGGACACAUCUGAAUCAGAGCAUUCUGAUGAUGACGAGUGGGUGGCAUCAGAGACUGAGACUGCGACUAAGAAAAUACCUACCAAGAAAAAGAAUUUUAAAAAUGGAAGUGGUUCAGAAAGUUCAAGGACAGAAACUUCAAGUGAAGGAAGCAGUGCUAUGACGGGGACAAAUGAUUCAGGAAUCUGCUGCACAUGUAGUAGAAGCAGUUUGUGCAAAACAAUGAGAUGUAAAUGCCGAGCUAAUCAAGGCACUUGUGGGACAUCAUGUGGAUGUCUACUUACAAAAUGUACCAAUAGAGAUGUUACUCUGGUUAAGGAAGAGUUGGGUGACUUGUCAGAGACCCCUGAAGGCAUUGGGAAUUGCUCUGGCACCGAUGAAGCUGAAAAGAGCCAUGUUCUUGCUUCUCAAGGUGCAAUGCUACUUCAGAGUGCAUUUGUUGAGAAGCCAGAUGAGGCCAGUGAUGACUGCAGACCUCAAAGAAAGCCUUUAUCUGACAUUGGGAACACACAGGCCAUCAAAUCAAAUGCACCAAAGCCUAGUCAGAGGAAAAAAUGGAAGAGGAAAUCAGUUAUACAGCUUGUUCCAGUAGCCCCACCUACAGCACAGCCAGAAACCACUGAAGUCCCGAGAAAUGUAGAAGACAAUGCAAUUGAAGCUGACCUCCCUUUGAAGUUGCCAAGGGCAAUGCGAAAUGUGGCCUCGAAUAGCAACACACUCAGAGAAAAGAAUUCUGAUAAGUCACAUGAAUCUGUUCCUCAUAAGGAGGCUGGUGGUGUUCUUGCUCCUAGAAGCCCUUCCCGGCUGGGAAGAAUGCUGGACGAGAAAGAGAAUAACCUCCUUUAAUUUCAAAGUUAAUUCUUUUGUUCCUCCUAAUGGGUGAAACGCAUAGCAACAGUUUGGGAUGUCUUGCUGCCCAUCACCUUGAAAUGGAUUCUUUUGGGUGAUCUUUAGAAAGAGUGCUGGGUGUCCAUGUGAUAGAUAUUGUCAGAGGAUUGAUCAAUCCUCUUCAGAUUUUAUUUGUUUAUAUUGACUUAUUGUGAGCAGGGGUGUCUACUGUAAUUAACUGAAUGGCAUUUAACUCUGUCGGCAAGAAAGAACUUAUUCAAUUGGCCAUUCAAGCA